AUGGGUAGCCCAGAUGAGCACAGAGACAGUUUUAUUGUUAUUAGUCUGCAUUCGACCCAUCUAAAUGAGCUUGGCGACCAGGCUGACUGCCUCCUGAAGAAGGUCCGCGCUGCAAUGUUCUGUAGUAGAAAGAUUGAUAGGGCUGCCAUCAACUCGGAGACAAUAAAAGCGCCGGCUGACUCACCCGACGACCUGUCACCACGGCUCCCGCCGAAACCGGCUAAACUGGUGUUCCUUGAUGUCCUCUUCUUGUGUCCUCGGGGAGACAGAAAUGGGGCUGGUCCCAGCACCAUUCAUGAGGUCAAGACCAAGAUACCUCGCGAGCCUCUGCCGUUGAUUAUCAACCCGGCCCUUCUGUCACAACUUGGCCUGUGCAAUCCAGAACGCGAUCACCCAGGCUCUGGCUACAUUCAGCGGAGCUGCUGUCAAAUCAUCAGGAAAGCUUGCAGAUGCUUGCAAAAACUGUCAGGAGCAGCCAAUGAGGUUUUAUUUGCAGUUUGCAAGAACGACAUGAUCAGGUACGACAGCGCAGGCACGCGCUUAGAAGCGCGAUCCACAUGGAGCAAGGAACCCUUACCCUUAAGAACAGCCUCCCUCGACUGUGCUGGUUUCAUGCAGCCCACGUCCUCCCAGAACCCCGUCACCCGAUAUUCCGCUACCCGAUCCUCCGCAAGCCAGUGGAUCUUGUGCCAACAAACCAUUUGGAUCUGUGCUCACGCAAGAAACGCCAAUAUCAAGAGAAUGUCUGGCUCAACGCCAUUUGCAGUCUCUCAACUCCCUCCGCAGGAUGAGAUCAAAAUUCUGCUUGCCGAAGAAAUGAAAGACAGAUUCGUAGGGCCAAUGCCCCCUGCAAAAAUUUAUGGAUGGACUAUCUGCCGCGACUACCCUGGCCAGGAAGCCUGUCCUCACAUUCAUGAGCAGCAUUUCCGUAAAAUACCAGAAGGUGCAUCCGAAAAGUCAUUCUACACGCUCCUGGCAGAUGCUAUGAAGCCAUUCACACCCGGAUUUGAGACUGUGGUCGCACCAAGAUCAACCGACUUUGAACUCAUGGCUAUGUUUUUGGAGGUCAAAAGUUUGGAUAAGCAUGAUGCGUUCGCGGAUCCUCCGCAGGAUACGCUCUCUAAAUUAUUGGGCGAAGAACUCGACAUAUUUCUGAACAAUUGGAAAUUCGAGUGCGACACGACAAAUGGAAUGCUCACUAGGGGUCAGAUGAUCGCAUAUGCGCUCACGCAGAUUGGGUGUCAAUUCCGCCAAUUUGCAUUCUCGGUCGCAAUCAUCGGCAAGCACGCUCGCAUUUUACGCUGGGACCGUGGAGGGGCUGUGGUGACUGAGAGGUUCGACUAUACGGAACAACCUGGGCUCCUUGCCGAUUUUUUUUGGCGGUUUAGCCUGGCCAGUGCAGAGAGGAUGGGGUUGGACCAGUCACUCAAAUUGCCAACGUCAACCAAGUUGUUUUAUUAUGGGGUGCCAGAUGAUGACAUAAGCCGCGCUCAUCGAGACGAUCCUGAUCUGACCGCGCUGUAUCGUUACAUUGUAAAGGACCGUGUUGUAUACCUGAAAGACACGUGGAGGAUCGACUCCAAUGAUAUGCAGAAGGAAGGCGAUACCUACCGCCAACUGCACGGUUAUCAAGUCCCUCACAUCGCGCCCUUUGAACGUGGCAACGACUUAGAAGGUCACGGGUCACGUACAGUGACGCAUGAAUAUGUAGAGGAGUCGUGGGUGUGCGGUAUGCCUUUUGCCACUGGUCACGUACACUAUCGCAUGGUGCUCGGUGUGGUUGGACGCGAGCUGUCGAUAUUCCGAUCCACAUAUGAGCUCGUGAGCGCGGUGGCCGACGCCUUGGAAGCCCACGAGGAUGCCUAUCAUAAGGCUGGUAUUUUGCACCGGGACACGAUGGGGAGGGUCUUCUCAUCGACUGGGAUUUGUGUCGGAAGCGCGGUACAAUCCAAAAGAGGACGUCAUGACCGGACGGGCACUUGGCAGUUCAUGUCAGCAGCAUUAUUGAGUGAUCCGACGAAGCAUCAGGACUUCGAAGAUGAUCUCGAGUCCUUUCUUCACGUGCUGACAUGGACAGCAAUACGCUACUGUCCGAGUAAUUUGACUGCUCAGGAGCGCUCUUCGUAUCUUUCAUUAAUCUUCGACGAAGUACAGGAGAAGAAUGGUGUAUAUGUCGGCGGUGAUUGCAAAUGUGGCCGUCUAAAGCUUGAGAAUCUAAAAAGGCGUUCUUGGUUCCCUUUGAUGAUUCGGGCUUACCUGCAAAACCCAGACCUUACAUGGCCCACGGAUGACAAAGCCGAGCGCUUACCCCUAGGAGCCAAGUCCACUGCUACGAAGAGGCAGAAGGCACAGAACUCGAACCGUAUCAAUAGUCAAGAUGCGGCAAGGGCCCACAGCCGUUUUCCUGGGGAGUUGGACGAUACAGCAGGUCAGAAGUCAACUGCUAAGGAAAACAGACUUGGAUACAUGUUCACCAUGUCGAUUGUGAUGCAGGUCUGCUGGACACAAGAGAAGUUACCAGUUGCCAUGUGGGAAGACGGGACUCGCAGCCUAAACAUCAACGACAUCUUAUGGGCCGCGAGUCAACCAAAACGCAACGUCAGAGCCCACGGCUCAACAGUUCCAUAA